UGAUAAUAACCGUCCUGCACUGAGUUACUUGCACUUGCAUCUCGACCGUAUCCGCACUACACUUGUGACCAAAAUGCGAAGGCACACGGAGUUUCUUCUAAUCAUCAUCAUUGCCUUGGUGUAUAGCGCCAAUGGGCAUAAACGGACCUUUACAAGAUGUCAGCUAUCCAGGGAACUACUACGAUACAACUUUCCGAGGACUCUGAUACCCAAUUGGGUGUGUCUAAUCGAGCAUGCGAGUGGAAGACAAACGGACAAACUUACGAACCACAAUAACUCCUACAGCAGUUACGGUCUUUUUCAAAUAAACAAUAAGGAUUGGUGCAAAAAGGGGAGGAAAGGGGGCAACUGUAGCAUGAAGUGUGAAGACCUUCUCAACGAAGACUUGGCCGACGAUGUAAGAUGCGCCAAACGUAUUUACGAUCGUGUCGGUUUCAAAGCUUGGCCAUCCUCCUACGCCUAUUGCAAAGAGAAGAGUCUGCCAGAUCUAUCAAGAUGCUAAACGCCACAUAAUUUGUGCUCUGAAUCAUGACAUUUUAAACAACUUUCCAUAAAUAAAUACGCCUGGUAAAAUAUUAACAACAAUGUUGUGUGUGUGAAUUUUGCUCAGUUCACUUAUUUAUAUCACUGUUCAGAGCUCAAUUAAAUAACAUUGUGAAAUGUGAAUAGCUCAAGUAUGAACUUUGAAUUGACUUCAUACUUGGGCCACUUGCAAAAUUUUAUUCAACGUAAGUAGUAAGGUAGUAAUUAAGGACUUUAUAAGUAGCAGAAUUAGUAAUAACACAGUAGUAAGAGAAGAACAUAUUAUAAAUAAAAAAUAAAAUUAUGUAUUAUUUUUAUAACAAAUCAUAUAGUAGAUAUAGUGCUAGUAUUAAUUCAAGAAUUCACAACACUGCCUAUUUCGUAGUUAAAUAAUAUUUUUUAUUCCGAAUUAUACC